AUGGGAUUACCAGCAGCGUCCCUGUGCUUCGUCUGGACCCUGGUGCUGGCCGCCGCCUCUCCGGACCGCCAUCUCCAAGUGGGACUUUUUGCACCCUGCUCGGCCACGCUGGUGCCCGAGGGCCCCUGCGAACGGGACGGAGAUGGGUGCCCGUUUGUUUUCAACCUGCCGCCCAUGACUGUCCACCUGCCCAAGCAGCUGAUGGACCUGGAGAGGCUGGUGGAGGAGCUGCAGAUGCUGAAAGACAACGUGGAUGAGUUGAGGGAGAUGUGCAAAGGCUGUGCCCAUAAGGAGUGCGCUCGGCAGGGGGCCACGCAAGAUAAUGGAGGCUUGGAUGUCAGUGAAGAGACGUGGGAAAGCAAUAAGAAUGAGAAAUGGGGGGAUAAUGGGAAAACUCUGGACGAAAGGGAACAGGUGGUGCCUGCAGGGGAAAACGUGAGGAUUACGGACAGAAAGAAGCUUGAUGGGAAACAGAGAGAGCGAGAUGACGCGGUGAAGUGGGCUUUAGAUAAGCAGAACAGUCCACUCGGCAAUUCUACUCACAUGCAAAAUAGGACAUAUGGAAAAAGUGAGCGGUGGCGUGAUCAACUGACGGACAGUAAAAGACAAACAGAAGCUGCAGAUGUGAUGGAGGACGGCGGAGUCAAGCCAAGCAACGGAAAUGAAGAAGACUCAGGCGGACAAAAGUUGCCUGUUAAAACUGUAUUAGCUGGGCCCCUGGCUGGUCCUAAAGCAGCAGCUGUGGGGAAGACAACUCCCAGCACAGCACGAGAGCUGCGGGUGAAGAUCAACCAGGUGGCGGCGUUCCUCAAUAAAAGCAGCCCUCAGCGCCCGCAUGAGAGGCCCCUGGGUGAAGGGCCCCUGAAUGAAGGCCCCGGAGAGCAGAAAGGAGAAGGGAGGAAAGCAGAUGUAAAGGCUGUAAGGGACUGCUCAGACCUCCAGCUCCACGGACACAGCCACAGUGGGGUGUACCAGGUGCGGCCUGAGCUCAGCCUGGGCCCAGUGUCCGUCCUUUGUGACAUGGAGGUGGAGGGCGGAGGGUGGACCGUGCUGCAGUGGAGGUAUGACGGCAGCGUCAGCUUCAACCGCUCCUGGGCCGAGUACCGCGAUGGCUUUGGGCACUUGGGCGAGGGGGAGUUCUGGCUGGGGAACAGGCUGCUGCACCUGCUCACCGCCAACAGGAGUAUGGAGCUCCGGGUGGAGCUGGAGGACUUUGAGGGGGUCUGGGGCUAUGCUCUCUAUAAACUCUUCAGAGUAGCCAGUGAGCGCAUGCGCUUCAGGCUGACUGUGGACAGCUACUCAGGCACUGCGGGCGAUGCCCUUCGAUUCAACGCCCGAUAUAACCACAAUAACAGAGCCUUCACCAGCCCGGACAGGGACAAUGACCGCUACCCCUCGGGGAACUGCGGGGCCUACUACAGCUCUGGCUGGUGGUUCGAUGCCUGCAUGGCAGCCAACCUGAAUGGGAGGUAUUAUAAAGGCAGAUAUAAAGGAGUGCGUGAUGGUAUCUACUGGGGCACAUGGCACAACAUCUCCACAGAAUACUACCCCACAAAUGACAGACUGUCCUUUAAAACGGUCAGAAUGAUGAUCAGACCAAAGGACUUUAGGCCAUAA